AAAUACCCAGGUUGCGCAACUUCAAUGUAUGUACCUAUACAUACAUACAUAUAUUAAAGGUAUAAAGUGCAAGUGAGAUAUUAUCCGGAUAAACGAAUAACACCAUAACAAUGAUAACACUUUUUCUUUAAAUAAAUCAAAUAGUACUUUUAAUACUCGAAUUGUAUUAUAGUAGGUAGAGUGGUUGCAUCGAAAGGAAGAGUGGUUGGGUUCGAAACCUGCUGUAGGCAUGUAGUUAUAAACAUGUAUUUCCGUCAGUUAUGGGUAAGUAUGCAGGUAGAUUUUCAAAAUUAUAAGACACAGAAAAUUUCUAAAGCCUACAUCUAAAACAGGUAGUAUUUUCUUUUCCCGGCUUGUUAUAAAAAGGAACCUUUCUGUCUAGGUAAGAUUUGAUUUUUUCAAUUUUAUUCUUGUUCCGAGUAUAAAUAUGAGUUAAUGCGCUUUGAAACUUCAUAACAUCUUCAAGGCUCGCCGGAGAUAGUUCAGUUCAUAAGUCUAAUUUCAAAACCGUGAUUUAUUAAAAAAAAUAAAAUGAGUAAAAGGACGCGAGAAUUUGAGUGUAAUAAGGAUCCAGAUAUGUUCUGUUUCAUGUGUGGCCAAUAUACUAUCAUAAGGCGACGACGAGUGUUCUCAGAUCAUAUCAAAACUUUAUACUCCAAGUAUUUUGGAAUUGAGCCUAAAAAUGCUGAAAAACCAUGGACACCGAACACUUUGUGUACAUCGUGUCGAGUAGAAUUGAUUCAGUGGGAAUCAGGACAACAAACAAAAUUUGAUACACCAAUGAUAUGGAGAGAACCUACUUGCCAUUCAAUAGAGUGUUAUAUUUGUCAAACAAAAGUACUUGGCGUUGGAAGAUCAAGAGGAGUAACCUAUGCUAGCGUACCUACAGUGACAUUACCAGUACUACAUUCAACGGCAGUUGCGGAUCCAGUUCCAUUGUCAACAGUAACAUCUGAGUGCGGGGGAUCAAGUUGUACUGAAUUUCGCAUGGAAAACGAAAGAAACGUUCUGUCACAAGCACAACUUAAUGAUUGGAUAAGAGAUUUGGAACUAUCCAAGGAAAAGGCCGAGAUCCACACUUCUCGUAUGCAACAAUUUAAAUUUGUGUCAUCCGAUGUUAAGGUGACAUAUAGUAGAACUCGUCACGAACCAUUUUCCAAACACUAUACCAAGAAAGACAGUAUAUGCUACUGCAACGACAUCCCUGGUUUAUUCAAAGAGUUUGGUCAAACAUAUGAUUCAAAAGAGUGGCGAUUGUUCAUAGACGGCAAUAAACUGAGUUUGAAGGCUGUAUUAUUGCAUAUUGGUAACAAAAAGCCUUCUAUCCCGAUUGCACAUGCAGUAAAUACAAAGGAAACCUACGAGGAAAUGCAAAAAAUACUCAAAUUUAUCAAAUAUGAAGAGCAUGAUUGGAAAAUAUGUUCUGAUCUCAAAGUCGUUGCAAUGCUAUGCGGUCUACAAAGUGGCUACACCAAGCACUGCUGCUUCCUCUGCAAGUGGGAUAGCCGAGCUCGUAAGGACCACUACGUCAGAAAGGAUUGGCCGGAAAGAGUCGAGUUUACCGUUGGUGUGGAUAACAUCAAAUACACCCCUCUUGUCAAGAAAGAGAAAAUCAUACUUCCACCCUUACACAUCAAGCUCGGUCUCAUUAAAAACUUUGUUAAGGCUUUGGACAAAGAAGGCGAAGCAUUCGACUAUUUGAAAACAGUUUUUCCAGAUAUUUCUCAAGCCAAGAUAAAGGAAGGUAUUUUUGUUGGACCACAAAUAAGAAAGUUGAUCAACAAUAAUCAAUAAGGUCGUUGCUUCUUUUCUCGGUAGACACAAAAGCCCUAACUACGAGCAGAUAGUGAACGACCUAAUCAAUAAUUAUGCGAAAAUGGGCGUAAAUAUGUCUUUAAAAAUUCACUUUCUCCACUCACAUUUGAGCUUUUUUCCGGCAAAUCUUGGCGACGAAAGUGAUGAACAUGGCGAAAGGUUUCAUCAGCAAAUGAAAUUAAUUGAGAAUCGAUAUCAAGGAUUCUGGGACGUCGCAAUGAUGGGUGAUUACUGCUGGUUUCUCAUAAGAGAAACCGAUCCUAAACUGAAUAAGCAUCAAAGUAGAACACAUAAUUAUUUCGACAACAUAGUAAAAUCAAAUUAAGAUAAAGAUUGUUAGAAUAUAGUAUAAACAUAAAUAAAUUUAAAAAAAAAGUUAAAAAUAUGGGUAAUUUCAUUCAUAAAUUGAACUUUUAACUCAAUAGAAACAGAGCAUAGCUAGAUAUUUCACUCUUCUUUAUACCAUACAUACGUUUUGAGGUAUACGUUGAAAUUGCGCAACCUGGGUAUUUUUAUUUGAUCGCUUAUAACUUACGUAGUUUUGCAUCGAUUUUCUUCGAUGAUACCUUAUU